AUGCGGCAAUUAUAUUUAUCGUUUCUGGCUAUAUUAAUGUUAGUAUUACCUUCGGCGAAAUGCUCGGAUUUGGGUAGAGAUGGUUUUAAUUUUUAUAAAGAUUACGCUCGCGGUCGUUCAGAUGACAAUUUGCCGGAAGAGCCGUUACCUGAAAAGAUGCUUUACUUUUAUCGAACUCCAGUGCAAUUGCGUUCCGAUGUUGUGCUUAAUGACCAUCAAGAAUAUAGAAAAAGGAGAGGAAAUGUAUUUAAAAGUUAUAUGAUAAACAAAGACGUCGGCACAGAUGAAACGCGUCGGAAAAGGUCAUCAAAGUCAUUGGAAUCACUCACGUUGCACAGCACGCAUCCGUAUCGUAUUACAAAUAAUAUUUAUGAAGAAAAGAUGGAACGGACUGCUUUACAUUAUUAA